CGAGAUUGCAAACAAAUCAAAUCACAUUCAAAGCUAUCUUCUUCGCGUCGAUCUCUGGCUCUGCUUCAAUUUUUUUCUUCAGAUCUUCCCGAAAAUCUUUGAGAUCUGAAUAUCUCCGGAAGGGGAAAGAAUUGAAGGAUGUACGGAUUCGAGGCGCUUACAUUCAACAUCCAUGGCGGAUACUUGGAGGCGAUCGUGAGGGGCCACCGUGCUGGGCUUCUCACCACCGCCGAUUACAACAAUCUGUGCCAGUGUGAAAACCUUGACGACAUCAAGAUGCACCUCUCCGCCACCAAAUACGGCUCGUACCUCCAAAACGAACCGUCACCUCUGCAUACCACCACAAUUGUGGAGAAGUGCACUCUCAAGCUUGUUGAUGAUUACAAGCAUAUGCUUUGCCAAGCAACUGAGCCUAUGUCAACCUUCUUAGAGUACAUCAGAUAUGGCCACAUGAUUGACAAUGUCGUGUUGAUUGUUACUGGAACCCUGCACGAGAGAGAUGUUCAAGAAUUGAUCGAGAAAUGUCACCCUUUAGGCAUGUUUGACAGGUACUCGAAUCGACCUUUUGCAUCUUCUAGACCUCAUCCCGUAGCUGCUUCAGACCGCUUUUCUUUUUCACCUUUAUGUUUUUCUCAUUGCUUUCUGUUUUCCAGUAUUGCUACACUAGCAGUUGCUCAGAACAUGCGGGAACUCUACAGGUUGGUGCUUGUGGACACUCCUCUUGCUCCGUACUUUUCUGAAUGUUUAACCUCGGAGGAUCUUGAUGACAUGAACAUUGAGAUUAUGAGGAAUACCCUCUACAAAGCAUACCUUGAGGAUUUUUACAAGUUCUGUCAGAAACUUGGUGGGGCAACAGCAGAGAUAAUGUCUGACCUUUUGGCCUUCGAAGCUGACAGAAGAGCUGUGAAUAUCACCAUCAAUAGCAUUGGCACUGAGCUCACAAGAGAAGACAGGAAGAAACUGUACUCUAACUUUGGUCUCCUCUAUCCAUAUGGUCACGAGGAGCUUGCUAUUUGCGAGGAUAUAGAUCAGGUUCGUGGUGUUAUGGAGAAAUACCCUCCGUAUCAAGCAAUAUUCUCCAAGAUGUCUUAUGGAGAGAGCCAGAUGCUCGACAAGGCGUUUUAUGAAGAAGAAGUCAGAAGGCUUUGCUUAGCCUUUGAGCAGCAGUUCCAUUAUGCGGUAUUCUUUGCGUAUAUGAGGUUGAGAGAGCAGGAGAUCAGGAAUCUGAUGUGGAUAUCCGAGUGUGUUGCACAGAACCAGAAGUCGAGGAUCCACGACAGUGUCGUUUACAUGUUCUGAGUCUGGCAAGAAGUGUUGAAACACAUAGAAGUGUAAUGUCUUAAUAUUGGAGAGUACGAAGAAAGAACCAAUUUUGUUGUUGGUGGUUUCUUCAUUGCUCCUUUUUUACCAGAGAAAUCUGCAUGUACAAUCUGCAGUUUUACAUUCAUUGUUAUGUCUGAGUGAGAGUGCAUGUAUGAAAAUUUCCCAAUAAGAAUCUCUCCUAUUUAUUCGUCUUUUUUUGUUGCCAUAUUUUGCAUCCAGUAAACUACUGUAAUCCUCGAAAUGCUAUAUUUGAUUGGCAAUCAAUUUUAAA